CGCAUACAUACAGUGCUGCUCUCUUCCUUUCCCUCUCUCUCACGCGAUCAUCGUCAUCGGACAGCUGACGAGAUAACCAUUUCAAGUUAUCGUUAACAAUUUUAUGCGAUUAUGCGUAUUCUGCUUCUCUCGCGGGAGCUGCCCCUACAUUUAAUCGCUCCUGAUGAUAAAUAGAUUAGAAGUGUCAGUCAAUAUCGGUCAGUUGGUCGGCUGCGAUAACUUAGAAAGAGAGAAAGCGUGAGUCUGCCGUUUUAUUUUGUCAUUGUUGUCUCUUGCGAAGAGAAUGCUCGAUGCUUGCACGUUCUCCAAUACCACGACGAUGAGCUGCUACUAUGAUAUUGUUAAUGUUAAACUGCUGAUCGCUCUAGAGAGACGCUAGGCACACGAUUCUCCAAGGCAUUGCUUAGCAAAACAUGAAGACGUUACAUUGCUGCAGCAGCGCAAAAGGGACGAAGACGACGACCACGAUCAAAAUCGUAGUAGUACAAGAUGAAUUCGCUGUUGCGCACGGUGAACUCGAUGUCGAACCGGCGACACAUGCUGGUACGCGAAUCUCUGCAGCAGCAGCUCAACACUGUGGUCAUCGAGAUCCAAGGUGCUCAAAGUUUCCUCGACAAUACUCCUGUGGAGAUCUGCGACGAGGCACUCGCGUUGUGUUCCGCCCUCGAAGCCAUAUUUCUUCACGGGCUGAAAGAUAGCCUGUUGAAUAGAGUGACGGAGGCGUUGAGUGGCCCAGAUUACGAUGCUAUGCCACAACCAAGUUUCUGGGGUCCUUUGCUCGUGUUCUCGCAUAGGGGCAUUAUCGAUCAGAUACAGUCGUUGAGUCAGAUAACAACGGAAGUUGGUUACUGUCGCGCUUGGAUUCGCCUAGCUCUGAACGAAGGCCUCUUAUCGAGCUACUUCGAGGCGAUUCGUCGUGAAAAUUCUGCCCUAAAACCUUACUACAACAAAGCUGCAUUCAUUCGAGAUCUCGAUCUGGUUGAAGUAGCUCAACGCCUCCUCGAGAAUGUCGAUAGCAUCAAUUUCAACCUCGCGUGUAACUCCAGCCUUCUGAAUUUCUGGUCGAGCACUCCUUUGCUCAUGGCAGCAAUAUGGUCGCCACCUAUGAAAUCCGCUCCGGUAUUCAGCGCCGUAGAUAUUGCCAAGACGAUUAAUAGUAACGACUUGGAGAGCAGUAACUUCGAAGAGAUCGAGACGGCUAGUUCGAUCGGCAGCCUCAGCUCGUACAAUUCGUCGCAGAAUAAUCUCAGCGGAUUGUCUGAGGACGAGGCGUUGAGAAUCAUCUUGGCAAAAAAGACGCAUCGCGUCGAGGUAGGCACACAGAGUGAACUGACAUCGCUCGCUUCUCCGACACUCAGGAGAAAGAUGAGACAGAAUGGACAGGAUCUAGCUAUUAAAACGGCUGAUUCGCCUGGCGAAGGUACAUCCUCCAAGCCCAAAGAUUCCGAAGCAAAGGUCAAAGAAGCAAAGAGUGAGGAAGCCCAGUCGACAACAGAAAUCGAGGAAUUACAACCCACGCUUUUGGACGAAAGUAUAUUAAAGCUCGACGUGAUGGUAGGUAACUCGCUAAUUGGUAAAUUAGGGUGGUCGACCUCUUACGAAGAUUGCGAGUCGUCGAUGACCACAUCUAUGGUAUCGCGAACUUCCGAGGGACCGACGACCCCCGGAGAGGGACCAACGUAUGACGCUUUGCUUAAGAGUUAUCGACCCACUGAGUACAAGUCGCCGAAUCUUGAGGAACUUUUAGAAAAAUACCCGGUCUACGAGCCUGCGACGCCGGUCAACGUCAACACGUCGGAACCCCACGAGAGACGUAGCUUCAAUGAGCAGCUCGGACGACUAGCUCGGGAGAAAGGUCUGGACUUGCAGAACUACAAUUGCCUCGACUGCGGACAACACAUCGGCCUAGAUUUCGCCAAGGCCAAUGUAUGUAACUUCACCGGGGAUUACUUCUGUUGUAACUGCAUGGCUAGUGAAGAAUAUCUGAUUCCUGCCAAAGUCGUGCACAACUGGGAUCUUAAGAAAUAUCCUGUGUGCUCGAAAGCGGCUACAUAUCUCAUCGAUUGUCCCACUUUGCUCGAUCUGAAGAUUAUCAACCCGAAAAUAUACACUGCUGUCGACACGAUGGCGCAAUUGCAAACACUGAGAGUGCAGUUGAAUUUAUUAAGGGCCUAUUUGUUUACCUGUAGAGAGCCGAUUAUCGAGUCUUUCCAAAAGAAACUCGCGCCGAAGGAUUAUAUGUACGAACAUAUUCAUCAGUAUUCUGUGUCGGAUCUUCCGGAUAUUCCAAAUGGCAUGUUGGCGCAGCAGUUGCAGAAAAUCGUGGAAUUCGCGAGGAAUCACGUUAUUAGCUGCUGGCUUUGCAGCCAGAAGGGUUUUAUAUGCGAGGUGUGCAAUAAUACGAAGAUCAUUUAUCCAUUUGAUACGGAGAAUACCUACAGGUGUGGAUCCUGUAGUGCAGUUUCCCAUUCAGAUUGUAUGAACGCGAGCAAACCUUGUCCAAAAUGUGAACGCAGACGCAAAAGAGUUGAUCUUCCAUUGCUGAAUAUGGGCAAUUCGGAUAUUUUAAAUGAAAAUUUGUCAUCGGCGUUAUCUUCAACGUGAAGAUAAAUGUUUACUCCGUUCUCAUACAAAUCAGUAUUUCAUCGAGUGCGCGGAUAAUAUCUGUACAGCUGUAUAAAGAUCUUACAUUUACAAUUUUAAAUAAAAAACGACUCUUUUCCAUCGGUAAAUAAUAAACAAUUUGGGGCUAGAUACAAUAUUCGCCUCCCUCACGCUCAUCAACUGCAUUAAAAGAUUCACUUCUUUCAAAUGCAUUAAAAUCAACGUAACUAAUUUUAUUGUAUUUCAAAUCUAACAAUAACAUAUUAUCUGUGACGUAACUAAGCGAACAAAUGAUAAUGAGAAGAAAAAAAGAGUGACAUGUUUGUCCAUAAAGGUGAAUGAAUUGUUUGUUUUAUCGAUUAAUUUUGUAUAAUAAUUAUAUUUAUUUUAAUUUUAUGUACAAAAAUAAUAAAAUAGACACGACUGCUCA